CCGAGUCCUUUCCCCGAGGCGGGGCAGCCCCGGCUGGUUCACGUGGGCUCGCCAGUGAUGUCAGCCGCGCUCCCCGCCCUCGGCCGCGCGUUAAGGGCGCCGCUCUGGUGAACGGGCUGGUGCGGAGGAGCGAGAGCCCGGCGGCAACUUGGCGUCCUGCGCUGGGCAGCGCCAGUCCCGCUCGCCACCUCCUCGCGGCUCCCCGCUUCCAGCCAGCGCCGCGGCAGCAACGAGGCAGCGGAGCCUCCAUGGGGUGUUGAAGACGUAUACAUUUUGGAAGUCUGAAUGGAAUAAACAUGAAGAGCUUGAAAGCAAAGUUCAGAAAAAGUGAUGCCAAUGAAUGGAAUAAGAAUGACGACCGCCUCUUGCAAGCUGUGGAGAACGGCGAUGUGGAGAAAGUGGCAUCCUUGCUGGGCAAAAAGGGAGCCAGCGCCACCAAACUUGACAGUGAGGGCAAGACAGCUUUCCACUUGGCUGCCACGAAAGGGCAUGGAGAAUGCCUUCGGAUUAUGAUGACUCAUGGUGUGGAUCUAACAGCACAGGAUGGAGCAGGGCACAGCGCUUUACACCUUGCAACCAAGAACAGUCAUUCUGACUGCGUCAAGAGACUCCUUCAGGGUAAAUGUCCACCGGACAGCACAGAUAGUUCUGGGAAAACAGCUUUACACUAUGCAGCUGCAUGUGGCUGCCUUCAAAUUGCUCAACUCUUAUGUGAACACAAGUGUCCAAUUAAUGUCAAAGAUGUGGAUGGGGAUAUACCUUUGCUAUUUGCAGUACAAAAUGGUCAUGUUGAAGUAUGCAAAUACCUUCUGGAACAUGGAGCGGACAUCAAUUCCAGAGACAAAAAUGGAAGAACUAGUCUGAUGCUGGCAUGCGAAGGCGGCAACCUCAGCCUUGUGGAAAUCCUGGUCAGAAAAGGGGCAGACGUGAACUUAGUGGAUGCACUUGGACACAAUGCUCUCCAUUACGCCAAAGUCUCUGAAAAAACAGGAAUCCGGAGCCUGCUUCAGUCAAAGAUUGUACAAGAUGCUGAUGCCAAGUCACCAACAAAGCCAAAGCAGCUCGAUCAAGCCUCUAGAUUAAGUUCAGAAAGAAGCGGAACUCCAAAAAAACGCAAAGCCCCACCACCGCCUCCCGUCAGCCCGAUCCAGCUCAAUGACCUGUCUUCUCCGCAUUCUGCAACUUCCACCCCAGUACCCGGGAAAGGCCAGCCGUUUUUUGCUGAACAGAGGUCCAAGCAAGAAGAGAACAGUACGAUUCAUGGGGAUAGCAAGAAUGGCACUAGUGUUACCACUACAGGUGCUGAUAGUUUAUUGGACAUGAGUUUGGAUGCAGACCAGCAAGAACUGCUCUUACAGCUACAAGCAAAAAUCGCUUCUCUGACUUUGCAUAAUAAGGAGUUGCAAGAAAAGUUGCAGGUGAAAGCAGUCAGAGUAGGAGAUAUGGAUACCACGCUGGAUUCUUUUCAUUCCACCCAAACAGACUUUGAUCAUUCAACAGACCGGCUAAGUGAGAGUUCAUCGGUAGCUCAGGAGAUAAGUUGCUCUUCCCCGAGUGGAGGGCAGGAGCAAGCAAGCAACAAUGAAGUAAAAAUUAAACAGCUAGAAGAUGACUUAAAAGAAGUGCAGAAGAAACUGGACAGCUCAGAAGCAAAAAGGCGGCACUUAGAGAAACAGCUUCAUUCUGGAGAACCGGAAGGAAGCCACAUAUUAAACAGUUCAGAGAUCUCUGAGAAUGGUUCAGACCUCAAUCAGAAACUGAAAGAGACCCAAAGCAAGUACGAAGAGGCUAUGAAGGAGGUUCUGAACGUUCAGAGGCAAAUGAAACUGGGGCUGGUUGCUUCGGAAAGCAAAGAGGCUGAUCUGCAGGAGCUCAGAGCGACAUGUGAGGAGGUGGAACUCCUGAAGGAAGAGUUGAGGAAGACUCUAGAAGAUGGUGAGAGACUUAGGUCAAGAGUGAGGGAGCUGGAAGCAAAGCUGGAAGAGAGUGAGAACAGCAUGGCUGGCUCCAUGUCAGCGGAACAGUGCGAGGAGAUGAAAAACUCCUACUGCUUGGUUAUUGAGAAUAUCAACCAAGAGAAAGCAUUGCUAAUUGAAAGAUACAGGGAGGGGCAGGAGGAAAUCAAAAGGCUCCAAGACAAGCUGAAAAGUCAGAUGGAAUCAGGAUGCCAUGAGGAAGUUGAGGAGAUGAGAGAAGCAAAGAAUAGCUUGAUCAACGAACUCAAGAGUCAAGUUGACGAGCUUUCUCUGCUGUACAAAGAAGCCCAGGCAGAACUUGAAGACUUCAGAAAGAGGAGCGUUCCAGAGGAUGCUAACUCGGGAUCCAUACCUUUGGAGGAACAUGAAAAAAUGAUGGAGGCCACAGUCUUGCAGAGAGAGCAAGCAGAGGGUGCGUUGUUGGAAAUGAAGGCUCAGUAUGCCAAGGCAUUAAGCGAAGCAACUCAACUCCAAAAUCUGGUUGAGGCCCAGAAGAAGAACUCGGUCUCCAUCACUGAACAUCUCCAGGUGGUCACUGCUCUCAGGACCUCAGUGAAGGAAAUGGGAGAAGAAAUAAGCAGACUCAGAGAACUGCUGCUUCAAAAGGAGGGCGAGGUGCAGCGUCUGCAGAGAGAGCUGUUAGAAGAAGAGGCGGCAGUUUGCGAAGCCAUGGUGCCCAGAGUCCUGUAUGAAGAGCUACGGACUUCGACGGAAGGUGAAGUCAACAACUUAUCAUCUAAACUGAAGGACUUGACCAACGAGAGAGAGAACUUGUCUGCGGAUCUCUCCCAGUUAAGGAAAGAAAUUGCGCAAGUGAAGGGGGAGAAAGAGAGCCUCCGCGCUCUCCUUGAAACUAAGGAACAAGAAAUCAAAGGACUGCUGAAUCAGUACCAUCAAGCCCAAGAAGACCUACUUGAAAUGAAAAGGGCUUCAGAGACUUCUUCCAAAAUAGAAGAGGAUAAAGAUAAAAAGAUAAAUGAUAUGUCUAAGGAAGUUUCUAAAUUAAAGGAAGCGUUGAACAGCCUCUCCCAGCUUUCCUAUUCGACUGGUACUCCCAAAAGGCAAAGCCAGCAGCUGGAACUGCUGCAACAGCAAGUCAGGCAGCUGCAAAACCAGCUCACUGAAACAAAGAAGCAACACCAGGAGAUUGUAUCUGUUUACAGGACACAUCUGCUCUAUGCUGUGCAGGGCCAAAUGGAUGAAGAUGUCCAGAAAGUGCUUAAGCAGAUAUUAACGAUGUGCAAAACUCAGUCACAGAAGAAAAGCGAAACGGUUUUUGUGGAUCCCUGAUGUUGCCUGCUGUCUUGUUUGGAGACUUGCCUUAAAAUGAGAUUUCAGUGGCAACCCCCUUGCAGCGAAUUAUCAUCCGUUUCUGCCGCUCUUCUUACUUCCAUUUGUAUGUCCUAUGAGCUAAGUCAUCAUCGUAUCUGCCCUUGCUCCCGUAAAGUUUCCAGAAUUCCAUUUUUGGGUGUGUUUCUCCAGAAAUUGCCAUGACUUUUAAAUCAGGGGGUCAGAGUCUGACCAACAGUAUUAGGAAGUGUCUUGAUACUUCCUGUGGUUCUAAUGCAUUAGUGCAAACGAUGGAAGUCCCAGUAUGCUGUGUUGCAUCUCUGGUUGCACAGAAGAAAUUGCACCAUUGGGGGGUGGAGGCAGAGAAUGAUAAUUCAGUUCUUGCUUAUUAAAUGAGGGAGAAGCCACCUUCUCUGUACAUUUAUGACCCUUGGAUGUUGGGUGUAAUAGUAGAUGCAACUUCUGAUUCUAAUUUACCAGUCAAACCUUUUGGCCUUGUUAAUUGAAAGGAGAAAAAAGCCAAGUUUCUUAAGUGACCAGUCGGCUAAAGCCAGCCACAGUGUGUCUUUAUCUUUACGUGGACCAUUGAUACAUACCAAGUAGGUAAUAUAAAGUGUAGGCAUGUACUAAAUCCAGGUAAAUGAACUGCUAACUCAGCUAAAACCUCAGUUUCUAUAUCCAGUAGUAGGUCAAGCUAACUAUGCAAAUCCUUGCAAGUGCUGUUGGCUGCGGAGCUCAGGAGAAGAAAAACGAACGUUCUGAAUAACCACCAAGAGAUCUGAACAAACUCAUGAUGUUUACAGUGAGCGCUGUUGUCUCACGGAUCCUAACCUCACUUUUGUAAAAGAUCUUCUCUUCAAUAUAUUUUUACUGGCCCUCAGAUUUAGAAAUGUUUUUGUAACUAAAGCCAUUUGCUGUGUAGCUUCCCUCCCCUUCCUUUGCAGUAGACUUUAUUAUCAAACACUUCCGACUUGUUGCCUUUUUGCCGUCUUUCUCGCUUAUCCCAGCGUACCAGCAGUUGUGCAAGACAUUCUUUCCUGGCCCCUGUCUAGAAAAGGCUGUAGUAAAAUAUUCACUGCCAGUAUGUCCCAUAUUAAAGAAGGAUGAGGAACGGCUUACUACGCUCUUUUUUUUAAAAAAGCCAAACGUUAUAACAGCUUGAAGCACAGGCCAGCCUCGAUUGUCUGUGUUUCAUCUCAAACGGCUGUUUGCCACAUUAUUUAUGUAAUACAGGAGUGCUCCUGGAAACAGUUUCUGUAAGUCACCUAGUCCAAAAAGCAAACGCUUUUGUGUGAUAUGUAUGUGCACGGCCCCUGGUAAAGACAAGCGUUACUAGCACAUUUUAUUACAAAUAGUAAUGUUUUAAUCCUAUCUCACCUGCUAUUCUUUAUUGCAGAUUUAGACUAUAAACCAAUUUUGAAACUUGUUUAACCACUAUGGCCCUUCCCAAAGUACUGUGGGAAUUGUAGAUUUUAGAGGACACCAUGAAUACUUAGUCAGAAAAACCUCUAAUAAAAUUCCUAGGAGCCAAUGAAAGGGGUUGGGGGGGGGGAGGGUUCAAAACUGGAUUACAUUUCAUACGUAGACACGCUUGCAGGAGCACUUCGUACUGUAAAAAUUUAAUGUAGAGAAUCGGAGACCCUCAUCUAUAGUCUUUAAGUAGAACUGAAAUUCAGGAGAGGUGCAGUAUACAAGCUCUCUAUCAGAGCACCAUAGGAGAGAAUGCCUGAACCAUGCACUCAUGCACAGGUAUGUGCUAAAGGGAAUGACUAUUGUGAUUGGCAUAUCUCUUCACAUAGAGUGCUGGCUCUAGCACUGGCUUCUACUGGCGGAGCUGUGGCUACUGCAGAAGUUACCAGUGCGCUGGCUCUAGCACUGGCUUCUACUGGCGGAGCUGUGGCUACUGCAGAAGUUACCAGCAUUCUAUAAGUGAAGUAUCGCGGCAUGGAACUGUGUGGAGUCUCCAGUGCCGCCGGAUCACGAGAUUGCUGUGCACUGCCCACUUUUUAAAUUUUUUUAACAGUGGCCGUGCCUAAAUGAGUUUCAUAGGAUUUCUUAGGCCUUGAGUUUUCUCUCCUUGGUUUUAACCAAUUCCUAUUAAUUUUGGACAGUAUUUUGUAGUUAGGCACCCUUUUUCUGAAAACAAAAAAUGCUCCAAAGAAAUGUGAACACUUUGCUGCAGCACUUACGAAAACAAAGACACAAUUAACACAUCUAAAAGUAUUGCCAAUAAAAUGCUGCCAAGUAUAAAACUUGAGGAACCAUUUUGUAGGUUGCCUGACAAAAACCUUAGCUUUUUAUCUUGUUUUGUUUACGUGUAUUUAUUACAGUUAUCAUUGUGAGACGUUGGAAAUUGUACACUAUAGCUUAGUGACUGUCCUUUAUAUGUAAUUUUACAAAAGUUUCCUUAUUCAACAAAUAAAUGGUCU